AUGGAGAUGACAAGCACGAUGCUGAAGCCACUCUACUCUACGCCGCGCCCUCUCGCCGGCGAGAUGGUCCCGCUGACACUCUUCGACCGCGCCACCUUCGACAUCUUCGUUCCCAUCAUGCUCGUGUACCCGGCGCCCGCCCCAUCGAACGAGGCGCUCAAGGAGGGCCUGCGCCGCGCCGCCGCCGUGUACCCUCACCUGGCAGGACGCCUCGCCAUCGAUCACCGGGGCAGGCGUUGCCUUCACAUCAACGACGAGGGCGUGCUCGUCGUCGAAGCCACCGUUCCCGUCGAUCUGUCGAACGUUUUGUCCAACAGCGGCGUCCUCACCAACACCGAGGGUCUGUACCCUGCCGUGCCGCUACAGGAGGAACACGUCGGCGUGGCCCUGCUGCAGAUCAAGCUAAACCGGUACAAGUGUGGCGGCCUGGCGAUCGGCCUUACGGCUCACCACCACGCCGCCGACGGCAUCUCCAUGAGCACCUUCCUCACCACCUGGGCAAGCGCGGUUCGCCAGGGCCGGGACUUCACCGCCCCGUCCCCUUUCCUCGACCGCGGGAUCACUGCCCUGCCACGGAGCGUGCCCGCGCCGGUGUUCGACCACCAGUCCACCGAGUUCAAGGGAGAAGAUCCCGCCGCCCCCUUGUACAAGUUCAAGAACAUCACGGUGCGCUUCACCGCCGCGUUCGUCGACGAGCUCAAGGCCCGCGUAGGCGGCCGGUGCAGCACGUUCCAGUGCCUGCUCGCUCACCUGUGGAAGAAGACCACGGCGGCGCGCGGCCUCACGCCCGGCGAGUUCACCCAGGUGAGGGUGGCCGUGAACUGCAGGGGAAGGGCCGACCCUCCAGUACCCAUGGACUUCUUCGGCAACAUGGUGCUGUGGGCGUUCCCCAGGCUCCAGGUCCGAGACGUCCUGUGUUGGAGCUACGGCGACGUGGUCGGCGCCAUUCGCGACGCCGUGGCACGCAUCGACGGCGACUACAUCCAGUCGUUCGUCGAUUUCGGGGCCGUGGCAGACGCACAGGGCCAGGAGCUCACGGCCACAGCCGGCACAAUGUGCUGCCCGAACCUGGAGGUCGAUAGCUGGCUGGGGUUCAGAUUCCACCAAGUUGACUUCGGCGCCGGGCCGCCCGCCUCGUUCCAGCCGCCUGAUUUGCCGGUCGAGGGGCUGAUGGUCUUCGUGCCCUCAUGCCUGGUUAAGGGCGACGUCGACGUCUACAUGGCCGUCGCCGAGGACCACGUCACGGCGUUCCAGCAGAUCUGCCACUACUUGGAUUAA